AUGGCUACAGACGGACGACGACAACAGCAACAACAACAAAAGUUUCUUUACCAUGAAAAAAGCAAAGGCAUGUGCGACCUCCUUGUCCAUUCUUCUUCAACAACACGAGCACCUGGCGGUCUUGUGCGUCGACCUGUAUCGUUCAACAAGAAUAAUAUCAAUAAACGCAAUAACAGCCCAAAGAAGAAGCAGCUCACUGUUGUCAAGAUAACAAUUGCAUUGGACGGCUCAGUCUUUCUCGCCCAGCACUUUGAUCACGACAAUAUCAUACAAUCCAUUCAAACCAUGGCCGAGCAUUAUCAAGAACACAUCUGCCAAGUGACGCUAUUGCUCGACAAAUUGCUAAAAGUUCAACAAGACCAUUUGUUAUACUCGCCUCCCACCAAAGCUACCUUUUCCCGUAACCGCAAUAACAACAACAUUGGAGCUAACAGUACUAUGGAGGUUACAUUGCCACCGUCACUGUUUGCACCUCAUCCACCCAGUAUAGGCCGUGCGCGGAUAUGGUUACGCUCAGUAGUGGGUAUAGAUCCAGAGGUUUCGCCAGGAUUGACGAUAUCUGAAGAAGAGGGUGAUGAUGACCUGCAGCAGCAGCCCGUUGAUCCCGCUUAUUUCAAAGAAUUACAGCUAUUUCUGGAUCAUGUGGACAGUAUGAUUGGGUGCAUUGGCGGCAAGGCGACACAAACAACAACAGCAACAAAGCCGUAA